AUGCAUGCCAGAAACCCCCAUUCUCCUUUUCAAAGACAACAUAUGAUGGAUUGCGAUCUCUCAGCGCAGCAGGACACGGGGACCAUGCAAGCUGUAAUUGGUCAGGAUCCAAUGAUAGCUGGACAAGUCAGGAAGCCCUUGCUGUCAGCGCGGAGUGAAAUGAAUGCGGAGUUGAGAGGUGAGGACAAGGCUGCUACUUCAGACAGCGAGCUGAAUGAGCCUCUGCUUGCGCCUGUGGAAUCAAAUGACAGCGAGGACACUCCCAGCAAGCUCUUCGGGGCCAGGGGCAACUCGGUGCCAUCAGACCCAGGUACUCCUGACCAACCCCAGGCUGGCCAGACCCACCCCCCAUUUCCCGUUGGGCCACAGCCACUUCUGACGGCACAGCAGUUAGCCUCUGCUGUGGCCGGCGUGAUGCCCGGAGGCCCUCCAACCCUCAAUCAACCUAUCCUCAUACCUUUCAACAUGGCCGGCCAGCUAGGAGGUCAGCAAGGACUGGUCCUCACACUGCCUGCAGCGAAUCUCACCAACAUCCAAGGGCUGGUAGCAGCAGCUGCAGCUGGAGGCAUUAUGACUCUGCCAUUGCAAAAUCUACAAGCUACCUCAUCCCUGAACUCCCAACUGCAACAGCUCCAGCAGCUCCAGCAGCUCCAGCAGCAGCAGCAGCAGCAACAGCAGCAGCAGCAGCAGCAGCAGCAACAGCAGCCUCCUCCAGCGCCAACCAGCCAGCACCCACAGCCAGCCCCACAGGCGCCCUCACAGCCCCAGCAGCCUCCACAGCCCCAGCCCACCCCGCCCCAGCAGCCGCCACCUGCCUCCCAGCAGCUGCCAGCUCCUCCGUCUCAGCUGCAACAGGCGCCUCAGCCCCAGCAGCAUCAUCAGUCCCACUCCCACCCGCAGAACCAGAACCAGCCAUCUCCAACCCAGCAGAGUGCAAGCCCCCCUCAGAAGCCCAGUCAAUCUCCGGGACAUGGCCUUCCGUCGCCGCUCACGCCACCCAAUCCUCUACAGCUGGUUAAUAAUCCUCUAGCAAGUCAGGCCGCAGCGGCUGCAGCAGCCAUGGGCUCCAUAGCAAGCUCACAGGCCUUUGGCAAUGCCCUCUCCAGUCUUCAGGGGGUCACAGGUCAACUAGUUACUAAUGCACAAGGACAGAUUAUUGGAACUAUUCCACUGAUGCCUAAUCCAGGGCCAUCGAGCCAAGCAGCAAGUGGCACUCAGGGCCUUCAAGUACAGCCUAUCACCCCCCAGCUCCUGACAAAUGCCCAGGGCCAGAUCAUCGCCACAGUCAUCGGGAACCAGAUCCUGCCUGUGAUCAACACCCAGGGCAUCACGCUCUCCCCCAUCAAACCAGGCCAGCAGCUCCACCAACCCUCCCAGACGUCAGUGGGUCAAGCAGCCGCCCAAGGCAAUCUUCUGCACCUGGCUCACGGCCAAGCAUCCAUGUCUCAAAGUCCCGUCCGACAGGCUUCCUCUUCUUCCUCCUCAUCCUCCUCUUCUUCAGCUUUGAGCGUGGGCCAGUUAGUCAGCAAUCCUCAAACGGCAGCGGGUGAGGUGGAUGGGGUUAAUCUGGAAGAGAUUCGAGAAUUUGCCAAAGCUUUUAAAAUCCGGCGCCUGUCCCUUGGCCUGACCCAGACUCAGGUGGGACAAGCUCUCAGUGCUACAGAGGGCCCUGCGUACAGCCAGUCGGCCAUCUGCAGACACACCAUCCUGAGAAGCCACUUUUUCCUACCACAGGAAGCCCAAGAGAACACUAUAGCUAGCAGUCUGACAGCCAAACUGAACCCUGGCCUUUUGUAUCCUGCCAGGUUUGAAAAGCUGGACAUCACCCCUAAAAGUGCCCAGAAGAUCAAGCCGGUGCUUGAGCGGUGGAUGGCUGAGGCUGAGGCCCGCCAUCGAGCAGGUAUGCAGAACCUGACCGAGUUUAUCGGGAGUGAACCGUCCAAAAAGCGCAAGCGGCGCACCUCCUUCACACCCCAGGCCCUUGAGAUCCUCAAUGCCCACUUUGAGAAGAACACACACCCCUCUGGGCAGGAAAUGACCGAAAUUGCUGAGAAGCUGAACUAUGACCGGGAAGUAGUUAGAGUUUGGUUCUGCAAUAAGAGGCAAGCCCUGAAGAAUACAAUUAAACGCUUAAAACAGCACGAGCCCGCCACGGCAGUCCCUCUGGAACCCUUAACAGACUCUCUGGAAGAAAACUCCUAA